GAAACGAGGAAAAGCAAAUAAAAAACGCAACAAUUUUGUCUCUUCCAAAUUUUUUAUUUGGAUUAUUUUGCUGUGUGUGUUUUUUCCAUUAGCCCGCAUCUAUGAGUCAACAACAUCGAAGUCACUUCCCGAACGAAAAUGUGUCAUUUGUGAUUUUUGUGUGUUUUUUAUUCCUGCAACUGCCUUUUCUCAUGGUUAGUGCACGCAACAUCGUGAAACGCUCCUAUGCGGAUCAAAGUAUUCGCGGGUACAUCAGUGAGCGCACAUGUUGGGAAAAUGAGAUUUGCAAAGAGGAGUUUAAGAAUACGUUCAGGUGCAAAUGUCCGGAUUUUGCGGUUUGUCGUUCGCCAGGUCGUUACUACAGCGCAUAUUGCAGCCUUACGGAAACCGGAUACAUUUUCGUUCAACCCAAUUUCGGUAGUUGGGGUUCCAAAUGACAUCACGCCAAAGCUAGUCACAAGCAUGAACUAGCGCAUCGAAUGAAGAGUGAGAGAUAUUACAAUUUUAAUUAAAAAAAUUAAUUUAAAGAGCUUUUCUUGACAAAAAAAAAACUUAU